AUGUGGCGCUUACUCAACUUGAUCCAUGGUCCAAAACUGUUGGGAUUGGGAUAUCCAUGUCCCCAAGGCCCAUUUGCUGAGUGGGCACAGGCCCUUGGUUUGCUGAAUGCCGCCAUGGCUAGCGCAGCAGCAGAUGUGGCCCUGUGCAACGCGGUGUGCACCACUUGCGAGGCGGGUCAGGAGUGGCGACAAGCUGUGGAAGUGCUGCGCAAGAUGCAGGAAAUCGCCUUGCAACCUGACCUCAUCACCUUCAGCGCCAUCAUCAGCGCCUGCGAGGCGGAUGGUGAAUGGGCAUUUGCGCUGCAGACGUUGCAGGACAUGCAGCGAAGAAAGCUGACACCCAAUGUCAUCACCUACAAUGCCACCAUUGCUGCUUGUGGCGCUGGGGGUAUCUGGCUACACGCUGUAAGGCUGCUGAAAGCCAUGGCAGACACACUUUGUCCUCCCGAUGUGGUCAGCUACAACUCAGUGUUGGCCUCGGGAUUGGGAUGGCAGAUGAGUUUGCAACUACUGCAGGAGAUGAGGAUCCGAAAGCUAGUGGCAGAUGCACUUUCCUACAACAGCCUCAUGGAGGCGAUGGACAGGGCUUGGCAAUGGCGGGCAGCUGUGAUUUUGCUGACAGAGAUGCAGGACCUUCCCACGUCGCCUGAUGCCAUCAGCAUCAGCGCAGCCUUCUCGGUUUGCGAGAAGAGUGGAGCCAAGCAUCAGGCCUGGCUAUUAGAGGAGGCAGCCAAAGUCGCUGGCUCCUUCCUGGUGAAAAAGGAUGCAGCUGCAGCGGUGCAUCAUGGAUGCAGCUGGGGAAAGGCGACCAUGGCAGAAAGUUGGAGAAAGUGGUUUCUGAAACAGGCAUGCUCAAUGUGA